AUGUAUGGCUCGCCACUGCCGGACAUUGAGAGAGUCAUCAUCCGAGAGGAUCUCCAGACGGUGUCGGAGUACAUUGCUGACUAUAUUAUCAGCCGCAUCAAUUCGUUCAAGCCCACUCCAGCGCAGCCGUUUGUGCUGGGCCUGCCGACGGGCAGCAGUCCGGAGAUCAUCUACAAGAUUCUGGUGCAGCGGCACCGACAGGGCGAGAUUUCGUUCAAAAAUGUCGUGACCUUCAAUAUGGAUGAAUAUGUCGGUCUGCCGCGGGACCACCCCGAGUCGUACCAUAGCUUUAUGUACAAGCACUUUUUCUCGCACGUGGACAUUGCGCCGCAGAACAUCAACAUCCUGGACGGCAACGCGGCGGACCUGGCGGCGGAGUGUGCGGCGUUCGAGGCCCGGAUUGCGCGGUACGGCGGGAUCGAGCUGUUCCUGGGCGGCGUGGGCCCGGACGGGCACAUUGCCUUCAACGAGCCCGGGUCGUCGCUGAGCAGCCGCACGCGGGUGAAAACCCUAGCGUACGACACCAUCCUGGCCAACUCGCGCUUCUUCGGCCACGACGUGGGCCAGGUGCCGCGCAUGGCGCUCACGGUGGGCAUCCAGACCAUCAUGGACGCCCGCGAGGUGGUCAUCGUCGCCACGGGUGCCCACAAGGCCCUUGCCGUCCAACACGGCCUCGAAGGCGGCAUCAACCACAUGUGGACCCUCUCCGCCCUGCAGAUGCACCGUCACCCGCUCAUCGUCUGCGACCGGGACGCCACCCUCGAGUUGAAAGUGAAAACCGUCCGCUACUUCGAGUCCAUCGAGCAGGCUGGCACCGACGCCCGUACCCAGGGACCCCCGCUUGUCUACCGGCCGCGCACUUAUGUCCCGGCACCGAUGGACCUGACGGGGAAACAGCAACAGCAGCAGCAGCAACAGCAGCAGCAGCAACAGCAGCAGCAGCAGCAGUGUUUCGUCUCCUUGACUCCCAUGCCCAAGGUGCCCAAAGAUCUCCGCAUCGACACGGAGCUGCACCGCCGGGCACUCGAGGACGAUGAGCUCACGCCGGAUAGCAUGUCAUCGCGCAUGGUGGACUCUGCGAUUGGGGGGAUCGAUGCAACGCUCAAGGGGGACCUGGUUACAGAUCGGAUGGGGUCGAGGAUUGUUUCUCACUGA